AUGGGAGCUUGGGCAAUCGCAGCAGUAACAGUCUUUUCUCUCGGCAUGUUCAUUAAUAUUAUCGUAGAGAAUUUAACAUCACCUUUUCAAAAAAAACCUCGUUCAAAUGAAAAUGAAGAAUGCAAAGAAGAUUUUGACGACCAGGAUGAAAAUAAUUCCACACGAGACGAAAGUGAUAAUUCCACACUAGACGAAGGAAACGAAGGUGAUUAUUGGACGGAUUUGGCUGAAUAUAUGAGUAUUAUAGAAGAGAACGAAGAUACCGAUUCGGAUAUAUCGGAUGAUUAUUCAGACUUAGACUUGGGUGACAUUGAUUAUUAUUUUAAGGACUAUGAUUGGAGUUAUGAAAGUACUGAUGUUCAUGAAUCAAAAUAA